AUGAGCGACCAUUCACCGUGUAUUCCUGUCCCACGAAACCCUCACCAAACAAAUAUUUUCCAACAUAAUAGCGCCUUUCGACAAUUACGAACAUAUGACAGUAGUCAUCAAAUGAUGUCAAUUUCUUCAAGGUUCACAAAUAGAGAAAGGUCCUUUAAUAAUGCUGGGUCAACGGAAACUUCUAAAGUUGUCGGUUGUAAACGAAAACCAAGCGAACAGGACAAUGAUGUUUCUAUGAGUGAUUCCAGAAGUCUCUCUAGCUCUCCCCGAGAAAAUCAAGAUAUGGAUAAAGAAUUUUAUAACCCGGCAAAAAGAACGAAAACCGGCAAUUUUAAAGAUUUUCCAUUUAAUAAAUUAUUAGCAACACUCGAUAAACCACAAUUGUUGACGUUAAUAAAUAAUAUUGUUGAUGCACAUCCCCAUCUUCAGUCAGAAAUUACCUCAAUCAUACCUCGACCUACUAUUCAAUCAGUAACAUCUACCUUGAACGGUCUAGAGAAGAAAGUCCAAGAAAGUUUUCCAUAUACCAAAUGGGGACCAAAGGAAGAUGAUUAUAGCUUCAACAGAGUUAAACCUGCAAUUAUUGAAAUGAAGGAUGCUAUAUUGGAUUAUGCAGCUCAUUUUACCUCACCGGAAGAAUUUCCGACAACGACUUUUACUUUCCUUCAUCUCGCUACAAGUUUCGCACAACGUUUACCCAACUGGGAAAACCAUCUUCAUAAUGAAUUGAAACGUGACUUACUAUCAAAAUUAGCUGAUGAUUGGAAAAAGGCUAUCAAUAGUGCAUCGAGUAAAGUGAGUGAAGGCAAGAUCUACGGACAAUUGGUUGUUAACGACCUUGCACAACACAAUAAUGACACAAAUGGAAAUUUUCAGGAAGCAUUUGACACUUUAGUAGAAAAGUUUGGAUGGAUAACUAGGAUUCAAGAAACCACUUCUGUAUCUUCAAAUUCUUCUCACUUUACCAAUCCAAUGCAUCAUCAUUAUUCAAAUCCUGUGAUGCCAGUCUAG